AUGUUUUCGUCGGUCAGACCGCCUAUAAGUCCCUUAGCAUCAAAUGGGACACCAAUUCCGGCCAACUUUUCUGUUAAAUAUUAUACACAACUAAUCGAUCACUUUAAUUAUAUUAAUACCAAUCAAUUCAAACAACGGUAUAUUAUAUCGACCGACCACUGGUGCGAUGGGUGUCCCAUAUUUUACUACACCGGCAAUGAGGGCGAUAUAUUCAUGUUUGCCAACAACACAGGAUUUAUGUGGGAAAAUGCCAAACAAUUUCGGGCAAUGAAUUUGUNCGUUUUGGCCGGAAUUGGUGUCCCAUUUGAUGCUAAGGGACUUAUAGGCGGUCUGACUACAAAUCCCGACAAACAAUAUUCAAAGCAUAAGAUUUGCACAACUAUUACAAUAAGACUACCAUUCAUUAGGAAAGUGAUUCAAUUUUGUGUAGUGCUCUUCAAUCCAUUGUUUCAUAUAUUGUUUCUCUUGAUUGCGAACAUUAAUGAGUUCUUGUGUGUCGUUAACGCCUGCGGGCCGGAGCCCCAGGCAGUGGGGUCGACGGGUCCAUUUGGGUUGGCCGCCUCAUACACCUGGCUAAGCAGCCCCCGGUCAUCGGCGCCCGGAUUUGUCAUAUGUUUGCACAUUUCGCGCAAUGGAUACGCGGUCAACCAUGGCCACGUGAGACCAGGCCACCAUCAGCCACUGAAAUACGCGGAUCUCCUCGCCGGCGGCCAACUCUUUGCACAGUUUAAACUCGUUGGUCAACCACUGGCGCCCGUCGGCUGUGCCGGCUAUACGGAAGAGCGCUUCCCACGAAUUCCUAACGGUUUGCGAACAGCGUCGCAACUUUUGGCCAGACCCUCCACGCCUAGUACUGGCGCACUCGCCGCUAUUGCACCCACACUGAGCCCCGGGUACUUGAGUCUAAACGCCGCGGACAGCAUACCGCCAUAA